ACACACAACUCCAUCAGUUCUCUCCCAUCCUCACUGCAAACGGCUUGACUUGUAGACAUCAACUCUCGCAGGUUGCUCUGAAUUCAACUCUUCAUCUUAACGGACCUGAGCUGGGAUGCCUGAGUCUCCUCUCAGUCCCACGGCAGCCCGUCAAACCCCAGCCAGCAGCCUGCUCAGCCACACAGACAAUGGUGCAGGAGAGAGAAUAGCUAAUGGGGACUCCUGCAGUGGAGUGAGUGGUGAGAACUGGCAGAGUCUCCACUGUAAACAGGUCUUUCUGGCUCUGAUGGCUCCUCAGCAGGUGCAGCAGCUCAUGUCCCCCAGUCAGCUUCAGGCUCUGAUCCACCAGAAGCAAGCCCUUCUCUUUCAGCAGCAACAUCUGAAAGAGAUUUACAAGAAGCAACAACAACAGAUUCACUUGCAACUGCUUCAACAGAAACCCAGCAAGAAAAUCAAAGAGCUCCCUUCACAGCAGCUCGUCUUUCAGCAGCUGCUCCAGCUGCAGCAGCAGCAGCUCCUCUGGGUGCAGAGACCAGUCCUGUCCUCUCCUGCCCUCUCUCCAGCUGGUUUCAGCCCUGCAGAGAUGCAGCAGAUCUGGAAAGAGCUCACAAACAGAACAACUGAAGACGAAACCACAGUAAAGGGCAACCCCAACUCCUCUGCUAACAACAUAAUGUCAACACAAGUACCAGGGAGACAGUGCGGUGACCAGCGGUCUUCUCCUCACAGGACAGAGUGUAAAGAUGAUCGUGCCGCCACACACACUCUCUACAGUCACGGUGUGUGUAACUGGCCUGGAUGUGAAGCGGUCUGUGAAAACUUCAGCCAUUUUAUCCAGCACAUUGGCAGCGAACAUUCUCUGGAUGACAGAAGCACAGCCCAGUGCAGAGUUCAAAUGCAGGUGGUCCAGCAGCUUGAACUUCAGCUCAGAAAAGAACAGGAGCGUCUGCGAGCAAUGAUGGCUCACCUGCAUCUGCCGUCUUUAGAGGCUCAGUCGCUCUCUGCACUCAUGAGUCUACAGUCGCCACAGCCUGAUACAGCUGCUGACCCAAAUGGUCCACAGCUCCGCUCAGUUGCCCUCACCAACAACCUGCCCUCAUGUAGCCCAUCAGCCUCAGCCCAAGUGUUCCCCCAACCUCUGGCCCCUGUCAGUGCUCCAUACCAGGGGUGUGAGGAAGAGUCACCCACUCAUACAUCAUGUGCUGGGGUCAUGAGGUGUCGUCACUACCCUCUGGUAUAUUCGCUGUCUUCAGAAAAUGAAUAUGAACUCUACAAAAACAGUGAUGUCAGACCACCUUUCACCUAUGCAACACUGAUACGACAGGCCAUUAUGGAAGCAUCAGAUAUGCAACUAACACUCAAUGAGAUAUACAACUGGUUCACACGGACGUUUGCUUAUUUCAGACGCAACACCGCCACUUGGAAGAACGCAGUGCGCCACAACCUCAGCCUGCACAAGUGUUUUUUGCGUGUGGAGAAUGUGAAAGGCGCUGUGUGGACGGUGGAUGAGGUGGAGUACCAGAAGAGGAGAUCACAGAAGAUCACAGGGAGUCCAUCACUGAUGAAAAAUGUGUCCUCCAGUCUGGCUUUCGGGACUGUUCUAAAAGCUGGCUUACAGACGGCAGUGGAUGAGGUGUCACUGCCAGGAUUCGAUAAGGAGGGUGUUAACAGAAGCACCAGAAAUGAAGUACAGGAGAACAAAGCAACAAACAGCAACAGCCACAGUGACCAACACGUCUCUUCACGGCUCCAACAGUCUCACUUCCUUAAAGACGAUGCAAUGAAUCUGAAUGACCAAGUGCCUCUGAUGCUGACAGUAAAACCAGCUGCUCUGCAGCUUGACAUGACUGAAAACGAUGAAGAGCGCUUGUCUGACCUUGAAUGACCCUUGACAAUGUAGAAGUCUGAAACUAAAAAUGACAUUCAGGGAUGUGGUCCGUACAGUUUACAAUACAUACAGUACUACUUACUUUGUGUCUAAUGUGUCGCCAGACAUCCUGAAAUUCUCACCAAAGUUAACAUUUGAUCAAAUACAUAAGCCAAGGCUUUUAAAAAAAUAUUAGACAGUAAUGAUAGGAUGGGAUGGAAAACAGUAAAAUAUUAACUUUAAAUGUAUUAGUGUUAUAGCUGAAUCAAAUUCCAUCCUACAUAUUUCAACAGUUUCUUACAGUAUUUUUUGACGGGAGACAUCACGAAAGCUGCAUUAUGACAAGCAUACAAGUAAAAAUGUAAUAUAUAAGUGGAAUCUGAUUUAAUGUGCUUUAGCAUACGUAAAGAUAUUUCUAAGGCCAAAGUUAUUGACUAUGAUUACAAUGUAGAAAAUUAAUGUUGUAUUUAAUUGUUUUGACUGUCUACAAGUAACUGAAUAAAGCAUAGUGAGGGUGAAUCCCAUAUUACAAAGAAGGUCCUCCUGGUUUUCACUGUGCAAAGAAAUGUUCUUGUUGUGUAUAUGUAUUAAGACUGAGAUCACUGAAGUGGAUUUUCUUAUGAUUUUAUUUUUAAAAAUACACACCAGUAUGUCUUAAGUG